GUGCAGGGUGAGCGAGCCUGCAGUGGUAUGACAUCAACAACAGAGCCAUACCCGCGUUAAUUAUCAUGUCCUAGCCCCCCUUUUGAGUAAGCAUUAAAAAUGAAACUUUUUACUUGGCGCGAUCACACGCAGAACAAUAAUUGAUUCUUGGGAGAUGUGGGGGUGUGCGGGAGGGGGGUCGGGAGAAGUUUUGGGAUUUAAAUUCAGGAGCCACUCUUGUCUUGUUUGCCACAUGCUCUCAGGAUGAGACGAUCUGACGCGGAUCGAAACAGCCGAGCCCUCAAGAACCGGUAACGUGGCCGGCCCAGAUAAGCCCCCUCCUAUCCCCAAUGAGGUGAAAACCCUCCACGUCUGGCAGAAUUCCCUCCCCACUGACAUAGGCAUGUCGCGGCUCUUCCUGCUUUUGGCAAUGCUCCUCAUCUCCGGCAGCAUCCAGAUGUCCCCCGCCGUCACAAUGGAUCAACUGCACGAGAGCUGGAAGUCGUACAUGGCCGAGUGUGAGCGCAACAACAGCAGAGCCCCGCUGAGCACUGUGCUUGUGUGCAACAGAACCUUUGAUAAGUAUGCCUGUUGGCCCGACGGACUGCCGAACACAACGGUCAGCGUAUCCUGUCCAUGGUAUCUGCCCUGGUACCAUAAAGUUCAGCACGGUCUGGUGUACCAGGAGUGUGACGCUAAUGGCCAGUGGCUCACUAUGAAGAACACCAGCGAGUGCGACUCCAGUGGCCCCAGUCAGCAGUACUACAGCCACAUUCGGAUCAUGUACACAGUCGGAUAUUCCCUAUCACUGGUGGCUCUGGUGUUGGCUUUGAGCAUUCUUAUAUGCUUCAGGAAGCUGCACUGCAUGAGGAAUAACAUUCACAUGAACCUGUUUGCGUCCUUCAUCCUGCGAGCGUUGUCCAUCCUGAUUAAAGAUGCACUGAUGGAGGCCAACAUCACGUCGCAGGACCUGAGCCGGGACCAGGAGCAGGGGUUCCCCCGGGCCUCCGUGUCACCUGUGGACCUGCUGGUCAACAAUGAGAUAACCAUCAGCUGUCGCAUGGCCGCGGCGAUGAUGCAGUACAGCAUAUUGGCCAACAGCUACUGGCUCCUGGUGGAAGGAAUUUACCUCCACAACCUGCUGGUCAUCACCGUGUUUACAGAGAGGAACUACUUCCAGAUCUACCUGUGCAUCGGCUGGGGUACACCGUUAUUAUUCCUUGUGCCCUGGGUGAUUGCAAAAUACCUCUAUGAGAAUCACGAGUGCUGGGGACAGAAUAUAAACAUGAACUACUGGUGGAUCAUACGUUCCCCCAUACUGGUGGCAGUUGUGAUCAACUUCCUGAUCUUCAUCCAUAUCAUCAAAAUUCUUGUGUCCAAACUGAGAGCGCAUCAAAUGAGAUACACAGAUUACAAAUUCAGGUUGGCCAAGUCGACCCUCACCCUCAUCCCUCUGCUGGGCAUCCAUCAGGUGGUCUUUAUUUAUGUAACGGACGAGGCCACCGAAAGCACCAUCGGUCUGCGCCUCACCAAGCUGAUCAUUGAUCUUUUCUUCUCCUCAUUCCAGGGUCUCCUGGUGGCCAUUUUGUACUGCUUCGUCAACAAAGAAGUUCAGUCGGAGGUCCUGAAGAAGUGGAAGCGCUGGAAACUGGGCCGAAACAUCGAGGAGGAAUACCGCCACACAUACAGCAACACGCCCAACACAAAGACAGCCAGCCUGCUCAACCACGUCUCGCAGCGGAUGCCCCAAGUCGCCGACGGUUCCACCAAGCCGCCGACACCCGUCUGCAGCCCCGAGGAGUGGCACGUCUUGGUGGCCAACGGCAAGGCGGCGGGCCAGCACGAGGGCACGCUCAGUAACUGCACCAUGGUGGAUGACAUGGGCCUUCUGGACAAGGUCAAGAGCGAGCACGCCGAGAGCCGCCACUGACUUGAAGCUGUCUUUAUCCUGCACUGAGCGGCGAGGACAGACGCUGAGCGCCGCGCGGUAGUCUGAGGUGGUCCGUGUCGGCAUAUCUCAAGGCAGACGAGCCAUGUGAAAUAAUACCACAACAACAACGCCGAAACCUCACACUGAAAAAAAACAGACGUCAUUCGAGCCUCUGCUUUUGUUUGUGUGCGUGUUGCAGUAGCUGAGGCAAAACUGGACACACACAUAACAAUCGACUGCAG